AUGCAAACAGAAGAAAAGAUGGUUGUCCCAGCUCCCAUCAUCGAGCUCCCUCAAACCCCAACCCUCACCACUUUAAUGGCCACCUUCUGCUCUCCUUCCUCCACUCCCAAGAUCAUGCAAGACACAAUCCACGCCUUAACUCACGAGAUUAUUUCCGCAGCCAAGUCUAAAGACAAAACCCUCACCCAAUCACCCACAACAAUGAUCCCCAUUCUCCGUGGAGCCUUGCCCAUGUUCGUGGCUGCACAGCCCCUCCUCCCCGCAACCUCGUGCAUUCUAGCCCGCUGCAGUAAGACAAAAGGCACACAGGAUGUGGUGGUGGACUGGCUAGGCCGACGACCGUUCCCGCCGGAGUCUGAUGACGGGAAGAUUGUGGUUCUCGAUACGAUCAUUGCUACUGGUGAUACAGUCGUCAAGCUUUGCGAGGAACUGUGGGAGAUGAGUGGGGAGCAGCCAAGGUCGGUUGUAGUACUGUGUACGUAUGCAGCGCCCGAAGCAUUGGAAAGGGUAGCAUGUUGUCCGGUGGUGGAGUAUGUCGUUGUUGGAAGACGGGCUGAAAAGUGCGAUGAGAGAGGGUAUCUGGUUCCGUACACGAAUGGGGAUAUAGGUGAUAAGAUCUACGGAGUGGGCAGUAAGAAAGCGAAGCCCGUUGUUGCGGAGGGAGAGGAUGCAGAGAGUGUCUUGUCCGGGGUGCAGAGCUUACUGAUUGAGAAUGGGGGAUUGUGGAAAUUGACGGAGGAUGGAUUGGCCAUUGAACGGGAGAUUCAGUUCUCCGGAUUUAAAGAGGCUUGGGCCUUUAUGGAACAGGUUGCAGAUACAGCGGCUAAGCAUCGCCAUCAUCCCGAAUGGACAAAUGUUUAUAACAAGGUCUCCAUCCGUUGGACGACUCACCACCCGAAAGGUUUGACCAACCUGGAUGUUGUCAUGGCUCAGCUCUGUGAUACCUACGUAUAG